AUGGCUCCCAAGAAAAACGCCGCCGCCGCUGCUGCGGCCUCGACAGCAAGCGAGAAGCGACCCGUCACCCCGACCACAGCCUCUGCCACCCCGAAGCGCUCCUCGGCCACCUUGACGACGGCCAAGGGCGGCGCGGCCGCCAGCUGGGACGUCGUCUUCCAGAACAUCUACACCCACUAUAUGAAGGAGACGGCGCAGCGCACCAAGCUGAUUGACGUCUUCCUCGCCUUCCUCGUUGUCGUCGGCGCCCUGCAGUUUGCCUACUGCGUCCUUGCUGGCAACUAUCCCUUUAACGCUUUCCUGUCCGGUUUCUCCGCCACUGUUGGCCAAUUCGUCCUCGCCAUUUCUCUCCGUAUCCAAACGGCCACGGCCGACAAGACCGAGUUCCCUUCCGUUUCCCCAGAAAGAGCCUUUGCCGAUUUCGUCGUUUGCAGCUUGAUUCUGCACUUUUUCUGCAUCAACUUCAUCAACUAA